UCUAUAUAAAUCAUAGAGUUCUUAAGAUAAACACAGAAAAAGCAAAGAGGAAAAAUUAACAAUGAAGUUCGAGGAGAGUUUCAUUCAGAGUGAAGAGCAUCGUCCCAAUGCCAAACGUUUCUCAGCUUCCCCUGACGAUAAUUUGAAAGUCCCCGUUAUAGACUUGGAAAACUGCUCCGCAGAGGAGGUGGGGAAGGCGUGCAGAGAGUGGGGAUUCUUCUAUCUCAUCAAUCACGGCGUUCCUGAUCAUGUUAUCCGCCGCCUCCAGUCCACCCAAGCCGAUUUCUUCGCCUUGCCUCUGGAGGAAAAGAGACUGAUAUCCAGAGAUGCUCAAAACCCCAUGGGCUACUUUAAUGCAGAACAUACAAAAAAUGUGAAGGAUUGGAAAGAGGUGUUCGACUUUGCGCCGCGGGACGAGCUGGAGUUGCCCAUAUCUGUUGAUCCAAAUGACCCCGCUACCAAGAUCGUCAAAAACCGCUGGCCUGAUAGCCUUCCUGAGUUCAGAGAAGCUGGCCUGGCGUAUGCACAGGCUGCGAUGGAGGUCUUGUUUAAGGUGCUUGAAUUAAUAUCACGGAGCCUUGGUUUGCCUGACGACCGCCUCAAUGAGUUUUUUAAAGAUGAUAUGAGCAUUGCACGGCUAAAUAGCUACCCGGAAUGCCCUAAGCCAGAGCUAGCACUGGGCAUAGGAAGACACAAGGACGUUGGAGCCCUCACCCUUCUUUACCAAGAUGAGGUGGGUGGAUUGGAGGUGAGGUGCAAGGAAAACGGGCAGUGGGUCCCAGCUCCACCCAUGCCCAACUCUUUCGUCCUCAAUGUUGCCGACUGUGUGCAGGUGUUGACGAAUGAUAUUUACGAGAGCGUAGAGCAUAGAGCAGUGGUGAAUGACAGCCGAAGACGCCUCUCCAUUCCACUUUUCUUGAUUCCUUCCCACAACGCGAUGAUAAAACCUCUGGAUGAAUUGGUGAGUGAAGAGAGUCCUCCCAAAUUCAGGGAAUUCAACUGGGGGAAGUUUACCAGGCAAAGGAUGCGUGAAGGUCUUAAAAACUCGGGAAAAGCCGAUAUACAAAUCGACAAUUUCAGAAUCUGAUUCAUCAUGGGAAUCAAAAAUGUUUUAAACAUAAAUAAUUACAAAAAAAAUCAUAUGAUAAAAUAAUAUCUUUCUAUAAGUCAUAUGCCGUAUAGAAAGACUGCAACUCCCUUGUGUAGUGAUAAUUGUAAUGCUUUCUAUGAGAUUGGGAUCAUUUUUCCAAACUUAUUUAGACAAUAAAAAAAAAAUUA